AUGGUCUUGACUCUGACGGCAGAGUUGGCGGUCCAACUGCCGGCCAUGCUUGGCGAAGGUUCCAUAUGGGACAGCCGCUCGCAGAGACUGCUCUGGUUGGAUAUCUACGGUUGCAAGCUUUACCGCUUUGACCCAAUUUCGCAGCUCAACGAGGAGUUUGACCUAAGCAAAUCUUCGGCCUCUGUGAGUUCAGUCGUGCCAUUAUCUCGGGAGCUUGACCCUGAUGGCGAUUCAGUCGCAAUCACUCUGCGAGAGGGCUUUGCAAUUUACAGCUUCCGCACGCGGAGCUUGGAGAGGCUAGGCAACGAUCCACCUAUGGGUGAGUUCGAGCGCUUCAACGACGGUAAAGUUGAUCCAAGAGGUUGCUAUUGGGCUGGAACUAUUACGCGGGACAAGGACUUCAACAUCUGCAAGGGUGCCACGCUGUACUGCCGAGACAUUGCUGGCAAUGUUUCGCCGAUCUUGACGGACUUGAGCAUCUCAAACGGGUUGGUUUGGACGAAGGAUGGAGCAACCAUGUAUUACAUUGAUACACCCUCAGCGCAAGUUGAUGCCUUCGAUUUCAACAUGCAAACCGGGGUGAUUUCCAACCGACGUGCUGUUAUAAAGGGCUUCGAUUUUCACACAACUGGAUUUCCGGAUGGGUGUGCCAUUGACCAACAGGAUCGACUUUGGAUAGCCCGCUUUAAUGGCGGCUGCGUGGGUUGCUAUGAUCCGCGAUCUGGCAGCCUUCUGGCAGAAGUUCGCGUUCCGCCCGAGGCAGGCAAGCAGGUGACAUCUGUAGCUUUCGGCGGAAAGAGCUUGGACGACCUUUACAUCACCACAGCCCGGGAAGGUUUUGGCUCUGAUGAUGAUAAGAGAUUCCCUUUAGCUGGAUCGUUGUUCGUGGUGCGCAAGGCACAACUCGCAGAGAUCGGCUCAGUUGCCGGCCAACCACCACACGAGUUGAAACUUUCGAAGCUGUAG